GGAGAACAAACACACCGGAUAACAGAGCUUUUACAGCGGCCAGGAUCACGACCUGCAGCCCGGCAGCCCGGAGGAGCCUCAUUUACACAGCUUUAACCUCCAGUCUCUGUUUCAGACUCUGCACUCUUACCUUUGGGACGAAAUGGAGGAGCAUUUCGAUGAGAGGGACAAAGCUGAGCGGAAAGGCCGUGGCAGUUCGCGGGCUAACGGGCUGCCCAGUCCCACCCACAGUGCCCACUGCAGCCUGUACCGCACACGGACCCUCAGGGCUCUUAGCUCGGAGAAGAGGGCCAAGAAGGUGCGGUUCUAUCGUAAUGGAGACCGCUACUUCCAUGGCAUCGUGUAUGCAGUGUCCUCUGACAGGUUCAGGUCAUUCGAUGCCCUGCUGGCCGACCUCACGCGUAUGCUGGCCGACAACGUGAACCUGCCUCAAGGGGUCCGGACCAUCUACACCAUAGAUGGUGCCAAAAAGAUCACCAGCAUCGAGCAGCUGGUUGAGGGAGAGAGUUAUGUGUGUGGGUCUAUUGAGGCCUUUAAAACGCUUAACUACACCAAGAACAUCAACCCCAACUGGUCUGUGAAUGUGAAGGCCUCUGCGACCUCCAGGUGUCCUCCAUCACUGUCCAGCUCUAAAACAGGGCCAAAUGAAGCUAAAGAGAUCAAAGACUUCAUCAGGCCCAAACUGGUCACCAUCGUACGCAGCGGGGUGAAGCCGCGCAAAGCCGUGCGCAUCCUGCUCAACAAGAAGACGGCGCACUCGUUCGAACAGGUCCUUACCGACAUCACGGACGCCAUAAAGCUCGACUCUGGAGUUGUCAAGAGGAUUUACACUCUGGAAGGAAAGCAGAUCACAUGUCUUCAGGACUUCUUUGGCGACGAGGACAUCUUCAUUGCGUGUGGACCUGAAAAGUUCCGCUACCAGGACGACUUCCUGCUGGACGAGAGCGAAUGCAGGCUGAUGAAAUCAUCCCCCUAUGGAAAAACUCUAUUAAGCAGAGGAUCUCCCAGGAGCGUGGUGCUGGCCAGGCACAGCAAGUCUCCCUCUGGAUCAGUGAACGGGACUCCAGCAAGCCAGCUGUCCACUCCUCACUCCAUGAAGUCACCAAGCCCCUCCCCUCCCAGUCCAGGGAGUCUCAAAAAGCUCAAGGAAAAGGACAAGGCAGGCACUGAAAACACUGCCUAACCCUCUCCCCCACACACUCGUUCAGAGGGGAGCUAGCAUUGAGGAAGACCCACUGAAUUACCCCACAAUCUUUAGUAUGUGGGAUUGGUGCAACUCUCCUUUGAAUGUGGUCUUGUGCUCUCUUGCUCAUUUGGCCAUCAGUGCCAUGUGUUGAAAACCCAGUAGAUUUGUCCUUGGAGAAUGAACUCUGCCUUUUCUAAAGAUGAUGUUGACGUGCAGACUGUGUCAAUCAUGUUAAAGCUUAAAAAAGGCUAUUGAAUGAGCAUGCAACUCAACAGGAGUUAUACAGUUCUAUACAGGCAUAUAGCCACAUCAAGGUGUUCUAUUCCUGCUGUAUUUGCCGUUGAGCGGAAAGUGAGGGUUUGUCCACGAACAAACAAGAUAGCAACUCUUUAAUUGGUGUAGUCUCUGAGCUCAUCACACAUACUGCUUACACUUUCUCUUGUUGUAUUUCUCUAUUUUUCUCUUUCUACCUUUCCUCCAGUUAUACCACUACCACAGUGUAUAGAUUUUUGUCCUCAGGGAGCUCAAGGCAGGCUGUUGCCAGGUUUACUCUCAGGCUGUUCAGCCAUGUCUGUGCCAGUUUAGUCGCGUGCUGUUAUUGAACUAGGAUGGAUUAAUUGAAGGCUCCCUGCUCUAGGGAAAAUAGAGGGCAUCUCUGACCUAGAAUGAGUUUCAUGUGUGAGAGGAUCAUAAUAGGACAAAAGUGAGUGUGGGUGAUGCUGGUCCAACAUAUUGUUGUCCAGAGAUCAGUAAAGCUCCAUAAAAUACUUGAAAUAUAUACAUGUAAGAUAAACACAUGUUUGAAAAGCUUUUUUAAGAUUUUUCAAUGUGGAACAAUACCAUAGAAGAACUAAUUUUUGAAAAAAAAAAAAAAACAGUUAAAGUACAGACAAUGGUGAAAAUACUCUUUUACAAUAUGUAAAGACAUUUUACUGAUUAUUUUUUCUUAUUGCAAUAUUUCGAUUCCCAGAAAAAGUGCAGUUGUAUUCUUAAAAAAAACUGCUAAAAAAAAUUUAUACUCUCUUAUACACUGUACAGUGAAAAUUUUGUAUGCUGACGAUAUCCACAAUAUGCCCAGAAAUGUAUAUUGUGUAUCAGGAUAACAAGAUGUGGUGCAACUCUGGCAUUAACUCUGAAACAUUAACAAUAAAUGUUUCAGAUGCAGCAUAUGAGAGUAGAAUUUGUAGAGUUGUAGACUUUUUUGUUGCUCUGGGAAUGAGCCUGAGAGAUCAAACUGUCCUAAAAGACCCCAACUUAAGUCUUUGAUUUCACACCCCUCCUCAGUUCGUCACUGAACUAUUUCAUAUUCUCCACACGUUUCCUCACAGUUCGCUGCAAGAGUGCUCCAAGCAGAAUGAUCUUGCUGUGCUUUGAUCGAGGAGGAUUGCUUUGCUCUCCUCGCUGUUUGCCACCUCUCUCCGGAGUAGAAUUUGGGGCAGACUGAUGAUCGGCUCUGUGAAAGGAGGAAUCAUGAUGUCUUCACAACCAUCUGGCACAUAAGUGGGUCACGCUAUGAAAAAAACUGCCUAUUUCUGUGAAUGGGGAAAUGGAAGGGGGAAAGCACUCUUGCAUAAAUGUGAUGUUUGAGUGGCACUCCAGCACUGAAUGUUCUUGUUUUCUUCCUGGUACUUAAAGAGAGUCUAACAGACACAGACACUGGAUGCUACAGGAGCCCAGAUAAGCACUCUGUAAAAUUCAGAUUUGAAAUUUUCUUAUUGAAAACUUUUUGGAGAGUCUGCUCUUGAUUUUUUUAUGAUGGAGUAGUUAAUGUGCUAAUUUUUCUUCAUAAACAUCUAAUGACAACUAAUAAUUAAUGUCUUGUGCCUGCAUAUUUAAUGUAGGUAGGUUAGCACGUUGGUCCUCCACUGCUCUUUGGUUUCCAUAUGCACUGUUGGUUUGCUGGUUUUGUGUGCAUAUCCAACAAGCUAUUUCUGCUUUCUGAGCCAAUAUUCAAUUUGGCUUUAGAGCUGAAUGUUUUAAACACAAAUCAUUAUCCUUUAUGCAUGGCUGAUCACUCUUCUAGCACCAGGGCAGAUACAGCCAGGCUGAGCAUUGCUUUCAUAGAUGCACACAGCAUGACCUACUUUUCAAAAUUACACAAGAUCGGCAGCUUAAGACCACCCUAUACUUAGUGUGUGCGCGCCUGGAUGUAUGUAAUGUAGCUCCUGAGUCCUUAGGGCACCUAUCUAAACCCCUCUGCUCUAUUUACCUAGAAUAUGGGGCAACCCUGCGUUUCAUUAAUGCUAGUGACACCUUUUUAAAUCCUUGCACACAUUUUAAGACCUCCCACGCACAUGAUCUGUUUAUAAUGUCAGGAUUUGUCUCAGUUUGUCAAACGCCCCCCACUCGCAGCCAUGCCCCGUCACGAAGAAGGUUAGACAGCUCAUUAGAAUAGGUGUUGCCUGACUUAUUUAUUUGUGAUUUAUUGAUGGCUAAGGAGAGGGUUGUUCAAUCAGACAGGUCCUUUUUGACUGCUCACAGUCAGAUGUUGUGACUUCCUGUAUCAUGAGCCAGCCAUUCAGUAUUUUUCUUACACAUUUUCUCACCAUCAUGCCCAUCCCAUUUUUGUAGACCACACUGCCUGUUGAGUUGCAUGCUCUUAAUCUCACAUCAGUGUUCAUCUUGGUGUGUUGAUGUGUGUGUGUGUGUAUGUUUGCUUGUCAUUCAUGUCAUAGUACUUGAGUUUGUUGUCAUUUGUUCAUUUUUAUUUAAAGCAUGAAUGUUUUUUUUUAAUACAUGUGAACAAUUGUCAUCCAUCUGCAUAAGCUGUAAUGUGUAAAUAGUUUUGCAUGUAUGUAUUUAUGGUUUUAUGAGCCAUGUACCAUCAUGAGCAUCAUCACAGUGCAUGAAAUGUAAUUACAGAUCUCUCUUUUUUCUUUGUCUCAAUUUGCUUAUUUAUUUCUGUGCAUCUUGCCUUCACUCAUGUUUGACUUUAAGGGCGUAUUUAGACCUGUACUUUCUUGUGUCCGGUUGAAAAAGGCCAGGCUCUGUUUUUUCUUUGGUGCGAUUUGUUUGGGCAGGUGUGAACAAAGUAAUUGACCAAAACAAUUGCAUUAAGACCCUCGGUCUGUCUCAAACAAAUUCUUCUACGGUUUAUUUGUAGUGAAAAUGUGAGCUGACCUUGAGCUAAUACAACUAUCAGCUGUGCUCCACAAGUUUCAGCUAAACGACUCCCUUAGCUAGGUUUAACUGUAUAUUGCCCAGAUAAUUACCACAUCUAUAAAUAAAUGCCAUCUCUGGGUUGCUUCACGUUAAACUGCACAGAAAUAUAAACUAUUCCACAACACAGGACCUUCUUCCUGUAUUUACUUGCAUACUCCUUCCCCCCCAAAACAAGUUUCAACAGUAAGUAAGAGAGAAUGUUUUGUGAGCGUGGAUUUUUUCCCUGUAUAAAAACAACACAGACCAAAGGGAAAACGCUCCAAGUUAACUUGGACUAGAGCAAACAAAUAUAGGUGUGAAAAUGCCCUUAGAAUUUCAUUUUUGUGUUUAUUCCUCCUGUUCAUUAUUGGAGACAUUUGGAUCUGCUGUUUCACCUCAUCUUGCAUUCAUGCUCUCUCUGGUUUUAGAAUCUCUAUCUUGAUUUUAGUCCUGGCAUUCUGUUCCCAACCUAAAGUAAUUUAUUUGUAUUUUGAGUUUGUUUUAUGAAUAUGCAUAAUAAAUUUGGAAUGUUUAUUUCAACAUGACUAUAUUAAACAUAAUGUAUGUAUACUAUUAUAUGCAUUUCCAUGUCUUCAUAUUGCACAUACGAUUUGUUUUGGGUGUUUCUAAGUUGGACUUUUCCUCAUUUCUACUUAGUAAGAGUUGUAAUGUGGGUCACUGUCGCACUCAGGCUGCUUGUGCUGCUAUUCACGUUCUUCUCCAAGAGUGCAUGGGGAAACUGCUUAUUAGAAUGUUAUUGUAGCCGGCUCAGGUUUUGUGGCUUAUCCUAAACAGAUUACUGCCACACUACCAAUAGUCACGAUAUUGGAUCACAGAGCUAGAAUUAUGUAGACAGAUCAUGGAGACUUUGUGAUGCCAGAUGCCUUAUUUAUUCAGAUAAUCUUGUAGACGUUCAUUUCGUUUCUAUCCACCAUUUGAGCUCCCGAAACAACUAUGGGAUUAUUAAGAUCAUGCGCAGGGUUGAAGAUGUGUUAACUCUAAAGAAAAGCCUAAGUCUCCUGCUGUAAUUUUAAUGAGGUAUGCUGCAAGCAGUAGUAGAUGGACUGUAGAAAAAAAAAAAGAUUCUCUCCCUGGUUUAAAAUAAAUAAUCUCUUAAGAGGUUUUGCUACUAGUAUCCUUAAAUGUCCUCAGAGCAAGAGAGUGAAAGAGAGAGAGAGUUAAAGAAACAGAGGUAGAUUUUAAUGUCCUUCAUUCAGUCAAUAUAGGAACUCCCCUUUGCUCUCAUGAAGUGUUUUGCGAGGCACAGCUUGAAAUGCUGCAUUUUUGUUAUUUCAGCUUCAAUAUGAGUGAUAUUGUUAACUCGAAUGUAAGCAAACAAACGUAAUAUGCUAAAAAUGCAUCAAUGGCUUCUUUCAUAAUACUCAGAUCCAUCCGACUCACCAUUGGUUUACGGAAGGACAGGAAAUGAUCGUAUUUGGACAGUGGUGAUGUGGCCUCGCUUUCGAGCAGGAAAGAGGAAAUUGCUUUGUAUGGUCUGCCGUAUGCUGCACCCCGUCUCGCACAGGAAAAAUAUUACUAGCUCCGCCGCUCACUCUGGAAGGCUGGCAGUUUCCAUGGCAACAGAGUUGUGUUGCCAUCACUACGGCCUGGAAUGUGAAUGAAAUGGAAGUGAAUUUGAUAUUAAGCAACUGACAUGCAUUCGCACACGUACACUCAUAGUCAUUCCAGUCUGUGGAGGAUUUUAUGCCUGGCAUGUCCUAUGCAAAUGCAGCCACACCCAAAGAAACAGCAAUCACAUCCUCACUGGUGCUGAAAUCACUGCCUUGACUCGCCCCACGCCGCAGUCAGAUUCACGUGUCUUACCCAGUCCUGCACAUGUGUGCUCCUCCGUCAAGGCCCAACCAGGUCAGUCCUGUAAGCGCAUACUGUCCAAUACCAGCCCUUUAGCUCUCCCAGUAGCAAAACAUCUCCAGUUCAAGUUAAUCAUAGCUUGAUCUGAGUCUAAGGGUCCUGCUGCCUCCAGCAGAUGGGCCAGAGGAAGAAAAAUGUAUUUGCAACUCGGUUCAGUAGGUACUGAAAAUAGAAAUCUGUAAAUGUUUGCAUAUUUAAGAAAUAAUUUAAGUGUUGAUUAUUUUUAGUGCAUGCAUAUAAACUUUAAACAUAAGCUAUUAAACAAAAAAUAAACAAAAAAAAAAA